UCAACAACCAGAGAAAUUUGAAGGAAACUAAAUUGCAAGGUAUCUCGGAGGAGAAUGAGGGGCUGCAUAUGAAGCUUGAGAAGAGCUUACCAAGCCAGAGAGAAUAUGAACUGGAAAAGGAACUGAAGAAAUCAAAAGACAACAUUGAACAUUUGAAGGCGAAUUUGAUGGAUAAGGAAACGGAAUUGCAAAAUAUAUCAGAGGAAAAUGAGAUGUUGAAGUCGGAAAUGAAGGGAAGAGAAAUGGGGAAAGUGAACGCUGAGGUUGUUGCUGAAAUAGAGGCAGCAAGGGCUGCAGAGCAGGAAGCGAAUAUGAAGCUUGGAUAUAUGACAGAGGAAGCAGAUAAGAAUAAUAGGAGGGCUGUGAGGGUGGCUGAGCAGUUGGAGGCAGUCCAGGCGGCCAGUUGUGAAAUGGAGGCAGAGUUAAGGAGGCUAAAAGUGCAAUCUGACCAGUGGAGGAAGGCUGCAGAGGCAGCUGCAGCAAUGCUUUCAACAGGUAACAAUGGGAAGUUUAUGGAAAGAACAGGAUCAUUGGACAGCAGCUACAAUCCUGCAACGGGGAAGAUUGGUUCCCCUGAUUCUGACGACGUUGUUGAUGAUUUUAUGAAGAAGAAAAAUGGGAAUGUGCUGAGGAAGAUUGGGGUUUUGUGGAAGAAGCCGCAGAAAUAGAAUCAUGAGAAAG